UUUCACGUGACAUAUAUGAUAACAAAUAGCAGGUUGAUGCGGGCUUUCGAUCCAGACAGCAAGCUGUAAACCCGCAACAGCUCAUCAUAAAGAAUCGUAAAAGUUUGCGCACGGAAGUUUCGGACGCUCGCAGGUACUGUAAAUCAUGGCUUCUGCUGCUGAGAAGAAACUGACGGGACUUGUUGCCGCAACUUUCACGCCGUUCACCCCACAAGGUGAAAUCAACCUCCCGGUGAUUGGAGAUUAUAUUGACUACUUGAGAGAGACACAGGGUGUAUGCAAUGUAUUUGUGAAUGGCACAACUGGCGAGAGCAUGUCUUUGUCUGUUGAAGAGAGGAAGAAACUUGCAGAAGAGUGGUGUAAGAGAGGCCACGGCAAGUUGGAACAGGUGAUUGUACAUGUCGGGUCUAUGAGUGUUAAAGAAUCCAAAGAACUGGCCCGCCACGCAGCUGAGAUUGGUGUUGAUGGGAUAGCAGUCAUCAGCCCCUCCUUCUUCAAACCCAAGACUGCAGGUGCUUUGAGAACCUUUCUCCAGGAGGUGGCUUCUGCUGCUCCAAAUCUACCCUUCUAUUUUUAUCAUCUCCCAGCUUUUACUGGUGUUAACAUUCCAGCCAGAGAUGUUUUGGAAGGUAUAGAGCAGCUCAUUCCCUCAUUCAGAGGUGUGAAGUUCUCUGGGAAUGACCUGAUGGACUUCGGUUUGUGUGCCAGCUACAGCCAGCCUUCCUGGUCUCUCCUGUAUGGUGUAGAUGAGCAACUGCUGUCCGCUCUGGUCAUUGGAGCCAAUGGAGCAGUUGGAAGCACAUAUAACUAUGUGGGAUGCCACAUCAAGAAUCUCAUGUCUGCAUUUGAAAAUGGUGAUCUUGUCCAAGCCAAGGCAAUACAGUUUAAGCUGCAAGAGCUUCUGAAGUAUGCUGUACAAGUUGGAUUUGAUGUGGGAGUGAACAAGCAAUUGAUGUCUGAGAUAUCAGGGUUAACUUUGGGACCUCCUCGCCUGCCAGUGGAGCCAUGCAGUUCAGCUCAUGCUCAGUCCAUAAAACAGAAAUUAAUCAGCAUUUUUGCAUAGUGUUCACUCACAGCAGUUUGUUGAGGCCUGAAAAUAUCAUUGGACUCGGCAUUCACCAUCGUUUUUUGUUACUGCUUUGGACAUGCGCCAGUCAUCUAGCAAUCUAGUUGUCAGCUGUGUUACACUGUACAACAACACCAACAAUUUUGUGUUUAGACAUUUACACUUUGCACAGAAGCUUACCAAUAUAAUACACAGACAUCGGAUGUCUUUCAAUUUUCCAUCAGAGUGAUUAAGUAUAUUUGUCUUUAACAAUAAUGUUUUAGAUGCGUAGAACUUUUAAAUACACUUACAAGAAGAAACCAAUGUUAGACCAGAGUUUCUUUUUUUAAAUACUAAAAUUUUCUUUCAGUGUGAAUGCAAUGAAAAUCAUUUUUAUGUUACUGAUUUCAAUAUGAAAUUUUAUUUCGUGAACUGUUCAAUUAUAUUUUGUUUGCUCUUGUGAACUUUUCUUACCUAUUCCGUUGUUUUGUUUUGAGAUCAGUAUCAGCUUUUUUGUAAGUUCUCUGAAAAAUCAUGACUCUUAUUCUAGUUGAAUGCACUCCUUUAUUUCUGUUUUUUUUUAAAGAGAAGUGAAGAUGGCGUGUAACAUUUAAAUUUACUGCAGCUUAAGUUACUUGUGUGAUGUGAGGGCAGAGCAUCACAGCUUCACUACAUCAGUGCAGGUCUGGUUGAGAGUUGUUCCAUUCAUUCACUCAAAAUUGCAAGGAUCAGUUUUACUUGAUGCAAACCUUUAAGUUAAACUGGUUCUGUCGAGAAUGCCUCUGUCACCAAGCAUACAUUUUGAGCUGUACGUGUUUGUAUUGUUCUGUGUUUAAAAUCAUUUCUUUGUGGUUUAAUUUUAAACUUUGUAGAUGAAAUGAAAGACUGAUUUAUAAAAAAAAAUGUCAGUGUUCAUGGUGGGUGUGGGGGGCAAAAGUAACCUUAUUAACAAAUGUAAAACAACUUAGUGUGUGAUUAAGAUAAAAAUAUGUAUUAAGUGACUAAUACUGGGAACUUUCCCCCUACUGUCUCACUGAUUCCUUAUUAAAAAGAAUAUUUGCUUUUAAUCAUUUAACUCAGACUUGUGCAUCUGAUACUUGUUUUUUUAAGACCUGUUUUAUAUUAAACAGCAUAAAUUGA